UGCGAACAAACACACGACAUGGCAAACCGUUUAAACGGCUACAAGCGGCUGUGUUUCAGAGAAGCCGGAGAUGUAAUGUCUCAUAGACAGGAGCCUAAUUCAGAUAAAAACUGGAUCACUUGGACAUGUCUCUCAUUACAGUACAAUUGGGGCAGUGUGGCAAUCAAAUUGGCUACGAGUUAUUUGAUGUCAUAAGUAAUGAUUUCCACAGCAAUGGACUGUGCUCCAGGAAGGAGAAUGAGCUCUAUCAAGCAGCAUGUAAGGAGAGAUUCUUUGAUGAGGCUGAAUCUGGAGACUUUGUAAGCCGGGCAGUGCUUCUUGACAUGGAACCCAAAGUCAUUUCUCAAACCUUUUCAAUGGCAGCCAAUUCUGGUAAAUGGACGUAUAGUAAGAAGUCGCAAUUUUGCCAGAAGCAGGGAUCAGGGAAUAACUGGGCAAAUGGUUACUAUGUACAUGGACCGAAGCAUAAGGACUUUAUCAUGAACUUGGUUAGAAAGGAAGCAGAAAAAUGUGAUCGACUGGGUGGUUUCCUCACAAUUAUGAGUAUGGCAGGUGGCACCGGCUCUGGUAUGGGAACCUUCAUCACAGGAUGCUUACGUGAUGUCUAUCCCAAUUCCCUAUUACUCAAUGAGGUUAUUUGGCCUUAUGGAACAGGAGAGGUUAUUGUUCAGAACUACAACUCCAUUUUAACACUCUCCCACCUCUAUCAAUCGUCUGAUGCUCUGUUGGUUCAUGAGAAUGACAUUAUUCACAAGGUCUGCUCUCAGUGCAUGAACAUCAAGCAGAUCUCCUUCCGGGACGUAAAUAAAGUCAUUGCACACCAGCUCGGCAGUGUGUUUCAGCCAGCAUACACGGCGGACGGGGCCUCACACUACAGUAGAAAUCCUCUGGGGGAACUGAUGGAGAGUCUGGUUCCACACCCGGAAUUCAAGAUGUUAGGUCUUCGUAACAUUCCUCAGAUGUCUGAACACUCCCUGGCGUAUAGCACAUUUACUUGGCAUGGUCUCAUCAAACAUCUGAGACAAAUGCUCAUUGCUAAUGCAAAAAUGGACGAAGGCAUCAACUGGCAAGUUCAGCUCCCAUCCCACAUAGCUACAGGAAGAAACUCUUUGACAGCAGAAUUCAAUAAAUCUGUAGCAAACCUUGCUAUAUUCCGUGGAAAAGAUAUUGAAGGCGCUUCUCCCGAAGGCUUCAGAGAUCCGGCAUUAUAUACUUCCUGGUUGUCACCAGAUGAUUCAUUCACAAUAUGGAAGACACCAAGAGCGUUCAAUAAAUAUGAGAAAUCUGCCACUUUAAUGAGCAAUAGUCAAAGCCUAUUGAAGCCUUUGGACAGCAUUGUUGGAAAAGCAUGGAAUAUGUUUGCUUCAAAAGCAUAUGUUCACCAAUACACAAAAUAUGGCAUUGAAGAAGAAGAUUUCUUACAGAGCUUCUCAAUGCUUGAACAAAUCAUCUCCAGUUACUCCACUUUAUGAGUACAGUAUUUAUUCUAAUGACCGUAAUUUUGUUUUGCACAAUCGGCUGUUCCAGUAAAAAAAAUAGCACCUUUUUAUGAAACAUGUAUAUAUUUAUAAUAAAUCUUAUUUAUUCUU